CCGGGCUGAGCCGAUCUUAUGCCGCCGCCCGCUUUUUGCAGGACAAGUUAAAGGAGGAGGAGAAGGGAGAGAAACUAAAACGGCGCCUGCGGGAGGAAUGGUCCGUUUCGGCUCCCCCCGUUUAUAAAGAGCAGUUUCCAGAACUGUCACCGCGAUGGAAAGAAAACGCAAAUCCCGAAAAACGGCCGACAGCAGAGAAGGCGGUUCAGUGCCCCUCCCUAUUCAUAAAUACCGCAAAAAACUCGUUCAGGCUGUAAGAGACAAUGCCUUUCUUAUUGUGACCGGAGAGACGGGAAGUGGAAAAACAACUCAGCUUCCCAAAUACUUAUUUGAAGCAGGUUUUGCCAAGCGUGGAAGAAUUGGCGUGACUCAACCGCGGCGAGUAGCCACCAUAUCCGUGGCUCAUAGAGUUGCCGAAGAAAUGAACUGUUCCUUGGGAAGCACAGUGGGAUAUCAGGUUCGCUUUGAUGACUGUAGCUCUCAGGAUACGGCGAUCAAAUAUAUGACCGACGGAUGUUUACUAAGACAUAUUUUGGCCGAUCCAAGUCUUACCAAAUACAGCGUCAUUGUUUUGGACGAAGUCCACGAGAGGAGUUUAAGUACGGACAUUUUAUUUGGCUUGCUGAAGAAGCUCUUUCAGCAGAAGAAACAUCCUGACAGGAAAGAGGAUCUGAAAGUGGUGGUAAUGUCUGCUACUCUGGAGUUAGGCAAACUUUCUGAGUUCUUUGGCAGUUGCCCAGUAGUGGACAUUCCUGGAAGGAUUUAUCCGGUCACAGAAAUAUUUUGCAACUCGGUUGGCCCCAAAGACAGAGAAAGCUCAGCGUACGUUUCAGAGGCUGUGAAAGUAACCCUGGAUAUCCACUUGAGUGAAAUGGCUGGAGACAUCUUGGUUUUCCUGACUGGCCAGUUGGAGAUUGAGAAAGCCUGCGACUUAUUAUUCCAGAAGGCAGAAGCUAUUGAUUAUCAGUAUGAUGUCCAAGAUGACUCUGUGGAAGGUUUGCUUAUUCUGCCAUUAUAUGGGUCAAUGCCAACAGAUCAACAAAGAAGAAUAUUUUUGCCACCACCUCCGGGCAUUAGAAAAUGUGUGGUGUCCACCAAUAUCGCUGCAACAUCCUUGACAAUUAAUGGAAUCAGGUAUGUGGUGGAUAGUGGCUUUGUGAAGCAGUUAAAUCAUAACCCCAGGGUGGGGUUGGACAUUCUGGAGGUGGUUCCAAUUUCGAAGAGUGAAGGAAGACAGCGAGCAGGCCGAGCUGGCAGGACUGCCUCCGGGAAAUGCUUCCGGAUUUACAGCCAAGAAUUCUGGGGCCAGUGUAUGCCCGAUCACACAAUCCCUGAAAUUAAGAGAACUAGCCUGACUUCGGUGAUUUUGACCUUGAAAUGCCUUGCCAUACAUGAUGUCAUAAGGUUCCCCUAUUUGGAUCGCCCUGAAGAAAGACUUAUUUUGGAAGCUCUUAAACAGCUUUAUCAAUGUGAUGCUAUUAAUAGGCGAGGCCACGUGACAAGACUCGGUGAGUUCAUGGUGGAGUUUCCUCUUCCUCCAAAUCUGACCUGUGCUGUCCUAAAGGCCAUCUCUCUGGGCUGUGAAGAUCUGCUGCUGCCAAUAGCGGCAAUGUUAUCGGUGGAAAAUGUCUUCAUUAGACCAGGUGAUGCCCAGAAGCAAAAAGAAGCUGACCUGAAACAUCAAGAGUUGUCAUCAGAUGCUGGUGGAUGGAAUGACUUUGCAACUCUAUUAAUAGUCUUUGAGCAGUGCAAAUCCAGCAAAUCUCCAGCUAAUUGGUGCCAAAGACAUUGGAUCCAUUGGAGGGGCUUGAAGUCCGCAUUCAGUGUAGAAGCUCAACUUCGCGAAAUAGCCAGUAAACUUAAACUGAAUCAAGAUUUUCCCAAGGAAACUUUUGAAGGCUCUAGAAAUGAAAUCCUAAGAAGAUGCCUUUGCACAGGGUAUUUCACCAAUGUGGCCCGUAGGUCUGUAGGAAGAACAUUUUGCACAAUGGAUGGGCAUGGAAGUGUAGUCCACAUUCAUCCUUCAUCAGCACUCCAUGACCAGGAAAUGCAACUGGAAUGGAUCAUUUUCCAUGACGUGAUGGUUUCCUCCAAAGUCUAUGUGAAGACAGUGUGUCCAGUUCGGUAUGAAUGGGUCAAGGAUCUAUUGCCCAAGUUGCACGAAAUUGACGCGUACGAUUUGAGUAGCGUAGCCCGAGAAGAGGUGACGGAAGAAGAAAUGACCAGAUGGAACAACAAGUCUGACCUAAAGCGACCUAAAGAUGGAACGGAAGGCUGCCUAAAGAAAAUGGAGAGAAGGAACGAUGACAAAUCCGUAUCAGAUGCACGUGCCCGCUUCCUUGAGAGAAAGCAGCAGCGAUCCAGGGACCUUUUCGCCCAUGCAUGACUGAUUAACAAUGUGGUGUAUGACCUUCUUAAAGCCGGAGAUUUCUGACUGGGGUUGGUUUUCCUUGGCAUUCCAAUUUCCACUGAUUCUGAAUAAAAAUGAAGGGGACAUGCAUUUUAGCGUUAUUUGGAUUUCUCGCUUAAUCUGAGGGGUAAUCCGCAAAGGCGGGCUUCGAAUAAAACUAGGCUUCCAGGCAAGGCUUCGGAUCGUAUCAGGUUCAGUUUCAGUCACAGCUAAAGCUUCUUUAACACUCUGCUUGCAGGUUGAAAGUAGAAACUGGUUAUUUCUUCAUUAGUUCCCUUGGGGAUGCAGGAAUCAAAAGAUUAUUGGAUACCUUCUGGUAGUGUCAGGGAAAUGUGUCUUUGUUUUCUGCAACAUUCAGAUGGCAGAACCAUUUGUUCCCUGUGACAAUCUGUACUUUAGAUUCUGCUUUUCACAUCCUAUGAAUGAAUGGAAGAAUUUUAACUCGGAGAAAAGCAUCUGAGAGGGUAAUGUUAUUGCGACCAUAACCUACAGCCACCUACCAAAGCCUUCUCUUGUUGAUCCGUAAAAUCAGCCUGGGUGGAUACAUCUGUUCAGUACUCAUUCCCUUUUCUUUUUCCCAUUUUAGUGUAAUGGCUAAUUCAGUGGGCAAGAAAUGGAGUAAAUGGCUCAGGCUGUUCUACUUUUUACUUCUUAGAAUGACCCAUGGGACUGAAAACAGUAUUAGGAGUCAAGAAAUAUGAAAUAAAAAUUAGGUCUCGCUCUAGAACUGUUUCUUUCUCGUUUGCGACUCCACUAUCUUGAGAAUGGGAAUGGCAGUAUCCUCCUCAAGGAUAUUAAGAUAAUUAUUGAAGUGUUUUCACAGAAUAGUGAGAUGAAAGGUGCCAUAGGAUGUAAUAUGCUGAUAUCCAUUGGUUGACUCUCUACUAAAACUAAGGAAAUUUUAAAAAUUAAACUUAAUUAUAGCCCAGUGGCUCCUCAGUGUGAUCUGAGAUUUGUAGUUUUGUGAUCAAAUGGUCCCAGUUGAGACUUAAACAGGUGCCCAACAAUUUGUGAAACUCCUUCACGCCAGCAAACACCUCAUACGCCAUUUGUUGCUCUCCAGGAAUUUCCAAGUCCUCCCGUGGCUUCACAGUAUUCCAGAGCUUUCAGGGUUUGGAGACACCUUAGGGAACCUUAUCUAGACUUCAAGUGCUUCAGCUCCCAGAUUAGGUUCAUUUUAGGGGCUGAAGAAGUAUGGGAAUUCAUCGCCUGUGUACCCAUUUCCUUCCUCUCCUCUUUCCGCUUAAUCCCCUCCCCUCCUUCCUUCCUCGUCCUCUCCCUUCU